UCUCUAAAUAAUCUAACAACAAGAGCUAAAUUAUGAAGUCCCAAAUUUCUCUCGGUUUCGUCGUAGCGCUUUCUUUGGUGGCAGCAUGUUACGCCAACGUGCAGUGGGGACAAUGUAGCUGUGGCUGCAUUAAAUCGGAGUGCGACUUUCCUCAAACGGCGGAUGAAUGCAGUCGCUGCGCAAGUUUGGUGAAGGCUCCAAGUAGCAGUUUUGACGAAGGAAAAUGUUGGAUCAAAGUCGCCAACAUAUCCCCGAUGGAUUGUGGACUUCGUUGUUACCGAUCACUUUCCGGCUGCUCCGGAUUUGGUGGGGUUUCCCACUACACGUAUGGAAACAUGUGCUGGUGUGUUUACAAAAAGCCAUGAAACAAUGCGUCUUUCAUCAGUUGAUUCCCAUAUACAGAUAUAUACCAAAAUCAAACUAUGUGUAAAUCAUAAUCACAAUUUUUUUAAAAUUAUAAAUACCGAUCAAUAAAACUAUUCAGUUUCUUCCAAUUCGGAAAAAU